AUGAGUUAUAUUAAAAAUGCAUUAAAAAAUGCACGAGAAUCAAUUAAUGCUAAGAAGUAUGAAGAAGCAAUAAAACAUUGUGAAAAGGUUUUACAAUUUGAGGCUGAUAAUUAUAACGCAUAUGUAUUUCUCGGAAUUUCGCAUUUAAAUUUGCAACGACUUGAUGAAAGCAAACAGGCUUAUCUUCGUGCUAUUGAAUUAAAUGCAUCACAACCGCUUGCUUGGCAGGGCCUUGCAAAUUUUUAUGAAAAACAAGAGGAUUGGACGAAUCUGGCAGAAACUUGGGCCCAAUUAUCGAAAAUAUAUAUUGAAAGUAAAGAUGGACAGAAGACUUUAGAUCUUAUUAAUAAACUCGUUGAUUUAUAUACAAAUAAAGAAAAAGAUCGGAAGCUGCUGGUCGCAACUCUAAAAUAUUAUUUACCAUCGAGUCCAUACUAUGAAACUGUUCGAAACCUUGAUAAUUUACCAUCACAAACGCAAAUAUUACUGCAAAUAAUCGAGUUAUUGGAAAAAGAAGAAAAAGAAAGAAUUCAUCACGAGAUUGAAACUAGGAGAAAAAGACUUGACGCUGGUUCACAAGCUAGCAUUAAAGCUCAAGUUGAGAACGAGGUUUAUAGCAAUUCCGAAUUAGAAACUUUUUAUGACUCUUUAUUAGAAAUUGUGGAUGAUUCAAACAUUCCCGGUGUAAACAUUGCAAAUUUAUCGGUCAAAUAUGUUGAGCAUCUUCGAAAAAAACUUGUUUCGAUCCCUUCAGAAAAUAAACAAGCGUUGAGAGAAAAGCUUUUUAAGCUGGCUCAAAAGCUCGUCGAACAAGGUACAACCUCGCCUAUGCCUUAUGAAAUACUUAUUGAGAGCACCAAUGUUGGUUCCGCAGAUGAAUAUGAUGUUAAUAUGUUGGAACAAUAUUCUGAAAAGUUUCCGGAUACUGAAUUGUCCAAAAUCAUUCAAAUAUAUUUCAAAUCCAAGCAAGAUGACGAUACCGAAACUAACGGACUAUUAAUUGAUGGAUUUGAAAAUUCAAAUAGUAUAUUUGGUAACCUUGUAUUGAGUUGGUUAAAUCACGAUUACAAAGAUUAUGAAUUAGCUCUAGAAUAUACAAGUAAUGGUCGUAAUAUAGUAGUUAAGUACGGUAAAAGCACAGGAUGCGAGUUAGAUAGAGUUUUGCAAUCUUUAGAAUUGUGUAUGGCCAAUUGCUAUCUUAAUAUUGACGUCAAGUACCAUAUGGAUGCAUUGCAACUUUAUCAAAAAAUUUUGAGGAAAGAACCAGACCAUAUUCUUGCCCUUCAGGGGGUUGGAAUAAUAUUGUCAGCACAAAAGCAAUUCGAAAAAUCCGUUGAAACAUUUGAGAAGAUAUUACAACUUGACUCGGAAAAUUAUAUAGCUAAAAGUGAAAUAGGAUGGAUCCAUUUUUUAACAGAGAACUUUGAAGAAGCCCUUAAAUUGACUCUAGAUGCUAUUGAAAUGUACGAUGAAAGCGCACUUUGUUUUUAUCGUUUGGGCAGAAUAUAUUGGGCCAUGGGUGGUAUGAAUCCUAUUAAAAUUAAAAUGCAUGAUCAUGGGCGUGCAAAGAAAUGCUAUCAAAAAGCAUUUUCUAUUGAUGCAUGUGAUGAUGAAGCAGCAUCAGAAUUAAGUGAAUAUUUCCAGUCUGAAGGUGAAGGGAAUAUUGCGGAGGGCAUAUAUCGUACUGUAAUUCAAGCAAAUCGUAGGGCUGGAUGGGCCUGGAAACGAUUGGGGUUUGCGGAGUUGGCUAAAGGAAAUUAUUCCGAAGCAAUAACAGAUUUUCAGACCGCUUUGAGAACUGAUACUAAGGAUAUUCGUUGUUGGGAAGGACUUGCAGAAGCUUAUCGUCAUGAAGGUCGGUAUAUAGCCUCAAUGAAAGCUUUUUUGCGCGCGACUGAGUUGGAUCCUUCGUCAGUAUAUGCUCAUUAUCAGAUUGCUACAGUAAAGCAAAAAUUGGGCAUGUAUACUGAUGCAAUCGAUCAAUAUAAUUUGACUCUCGAAAAAGCGGAACUUAAAGGUGAACAUAAUCACAUACCGUCAUUGGAAGGUCUUGGAAAUUGUUAUCUGUCUUUAUCCAUAGAAUAUUUUCACACCGGAUUUUACGGUCGUGCAGCUGAAUCAUUAGGUCAUGGUAUCGCAACAAUAGCACGUGCGAUAGAGACAAACAGCAAAUAUCUGUGUCUUUGGAAAUUAAUCGGUGAUUUUUGCAUCAUUUCGACAUCAUUGCCAAAUUAUUUGCAUUUGGUACCUUUGGCUCCAAUUAAAAGUCUAAUCGGAAUCGCUAAAAAAUUAGAUAUAGACAUUAAAUUACAUCUUCCCAAUGAUAUUGAUAAUCUUGGAUAUAGUAUAUAUUUAGAUUCUAACAAAGAUAUAACAAAUUCCGAUAUGCUUCGAAUCAUUCUAACUUGUGGUUGUCUCUCAUACAAAUAUGCCAUCAUACUGAGUGGAAAUCGACCUGAUACCGCUCCUGCAUUGUGGUUUGAUUUGGGUGUGGCUUAUUAUAAGUCGUAUGAACACUAUUCUAAGAAUAUUGGAGAGAAUGUAGAUGAUCAUGUUUAUGAAACUUUAGUGACAAAGUAUUUGAGUAUUGGAAUUAGGUGCAUUAAGAUAGCAUUGAAAUUUGAGCCAACGAAUUUCCAAUGUUGGAAUUCGCUCGGUGUUAUGACUCUUUUGGUAAAUACCAAAAUUAGCCAACACGCGUUCAUUAAGGCAAUUGGUUAUUCUCCAAAAAGUCCCGUUCCGUGGACAAAUCUUGGACUCUUAUAUUUAUUACAUUCAGAUUUGGACCUUGCUAAUCAAGCAUUUUCGACGGCUCAAUCUCUUGACCCGGAUUAUGCACCGGCGUGGGUUGGGCAAGCUUAUGUUGCAAAUCUUUGGGGAAGUAAUGAAUCUGCAGAAUUGUUUGAACAUGCUUAUGAAAUUAGUGGUGGUGGUCAUUCACUCGAAGCGGAUUAUGGCUUUGCAUAUCAGGCAUUUACACGAUAUAAAAAUUCUUCACCAGUGCACAAAGCUUUGUUAAUGUCUCCCACUUUUGCAUUGCAAAAACUUUCAGAACAAAGACCGGAUGAUGCUGCAUCAUUAAAUCUAUUAGGUUUAUUGUUUGAACGACUUAAUCGACCAGAUAGAGCCGUUGAUGUAUUCACUGAUGUGAUCGUUGCAAUUAAAAAAUCACUUCAAAAGGAACAGUCAACAUUCCGGUCGGGAACAUUAUCUGAAGAUUUGCAAGAACCGCAAUCGAAGCAGACAGUGUUAUUUCGAAGGCUCGCGUACGCACAAGGAAACCUUGGGAGAGUACUUUGUGCAACACGUAACUUCUCUAGUUCCAUCAUAGCAUAUACGGAAACUUUGAAAUUGAUUGAGCAACAAGAGAAUGGUUUAUCAGCUUCGAUGGUAUCAUUUAAAAUAUAUACAAUGUUAGGAGCUGGACUUGCUUAUUAUUUUAACGAUGAAUUAGAAAAUUCCCUUCAAAUGUUUGAAGCUGCUCUUAAUGCAGCUGAUGAUCCUGAACAGGAAUCAAACGUUGCUGAAGUUAAGAAAGAUGUAGUUGUUUUGGUAUCACAAGUACUUUGGGCGUUAGGUGGUGUCGAUCACAAAAAUAUGGCGAAGGAUGAAUUGUUCAGAUGUAUUUCACAAAAUCCACAACAUCUUCCUGCUAUAUUUGGCCUGUGUGCUAUAGGAAUAUUACAAGAUGAUGAUACUCUGGCUACUGCAGCAUUAAGAGAGAUGGCUAAAUUACCCAUUAAAGUUGUUGACAAAUUGGACCGGGAACGUGAUAUAGAUUUCUUGUCUAGUAGAUACUUCUUGUUACAGAAUUUACCUGAAGAAGCUACACAAUCUCUCUCUAAAUCAAUCCUUCUUAGACCUUAUGAACUAAUAAAUUGGAUUAACUUAACAAAUCAUCUUAUUUCUCUUUCGAUUCCAUUUACUUCUGCUUCAAUAGCUGGUUCUGCAAUGGAACAGAUAUCAAACCCACUAUCUUCUUUAUCUAAGCAAUUGUCAACUAAAGAAAAAGCGAAGGUAUAUCAAAAUUAUACUACUGCUUUGUUGAUUUCUAGGCGAGCUGUUAAACAGGAUUUAAUCACAAUUGGAGAAGAUAUAAGUGAUAGUAGCAUAAUUAAAGAGCCAUUUGAUGAUAUUGAAAAUCAUAACAAAAAAGAUGAAAAGGAUAAAGGUUCAGAAGGGGAAUAUAAAAAACUUGGACUAAAUGCCUUGGAAAUUGCUCAGCGAGCUAUCAGAAUUGCACCAUGGGAUUUGGUUGGAUGGUCUUUGCUUGCUAUCGCAUAUAAAGAAAGUGAAUAA